CCACUCGCGGUGCCGCCUGCCCCUCCUUGCUGCUCGUGGUGCCGACACUGUCUUCUUUCCCUCCCCUGCGGUGGAUUAUCAGAGGGCGGAGGGACGCAGCAGAAGGCUCGGUGGGGGUCGAACGUGUGCUGGAACAAUGCUGAGUGUGAGGGUUCGACACCCACCACACGCCUGUCGACAGUAGUAAGACAGCUCCAGCAGCAGCCAGGUGACGGUGUUAACAGUCCUUAAGGAGGUUUAUAUAUGGAGAACUAAGUAGAGAUCAUACCAGGGAGCCACAGCUGCCAUGAUGUGAGGACCAUAGAUGCACUGCAAACAUUUUUCCUACACACCUGUACACACAGGCUCCGGGAAACAGUGUCGUAACAGUCUUUAAAUGCUGAAAUGACCCCAAGAGAGUGUUAUUCAAAAGUGAACACUAUGAUACGUGUACAAAGUGUCGGUAGUCAUGUGGAGCGUUCCUCAGUUGUUGUGAAGAACAAUAAAGUGCCGAGCCCCGCAAGGAAGGUUCUGCCCUCGUAGUGUGUGGUGAAAGAAAUCCUCUAAGUGUGUAGAGUGAUGAUGUGAGUCACUUGUUAAGCAAUAAAAAGUGAAGGAAAAAGUGGAAGUGAUUAUUGUGAUAAGUUUUGAAGGAAAUUUGUGUUUUUAAGUGUAUUGUGAAUUUCGGUGUAAAUAAAACGAAUUGUGUUUUGAGUGUGGAAAAUACCUCAGCCUAGAGAGCCAAGUUAAUUACCAAAGUUAAUAUAGAAAUGUAUCAGUUGUAAGCCUUUGAAAGAUUUGUGUAGUGAAAUUUUUGUCGGUGUAUAAAUUACUUCCAUUAUGCUACUGUAUGGACUUGAGUGGGCGCGCCUGGUGCCAUGGGCAGGCCCUUGGCGGUUGGUGACGUGGGCGGCAGUGGUGGUAAGCCUGGCCAUGGGUGUGGGUGGGUUCAUGAGGUCAUCACACGUAGUGCAUACCCGCUACGGCCAUCUGCGUGGACUGAUCGUCACACCCAACCACCGAGCUCUUACGCCCGUGGCUGUGUUCCUCGGAGUGCCUUACGCCUCCCCGCCCGUGGGUGCACUGCGGUUCAUGCCGCCCACAAACCCUCUGUCGUGGAACGGCAUCAAGACAGCGGAGAUGCUGCCCCCAGUGUGCCCCCAGAAGCUGCCAGACGUCACCAACAGGAGAGAGGCACUCAAGCGUAUGCCGGAGGGCAGGUACAACUACCUGCAGCGCCUCCUGCCUCUCCUUAGCAACCAGAGCGAAGACUGCCUCCACCUCAACAUCUACACCCCAGUAAUAGUUUCUGAAAGACUAACACGAUCAAGCUUCCUCGUCCCUGAAGAUGUGAGAAUGUUCUCAACUAGUUGA